CUUAAAGAAAUGUGAAAAAAGCUUGUUACGCAGACGUUGAUAGACAAAUUCAAUUAUUUAGCGCAUUUUUUAAAGCAAAUAUUUAUAGUUGAUUUUUAUUUAUUUUACAAAUUUAUUUGUCCAUUAACUUUACAAGUGGGAUAGUUUCUACGGCCAACAAAUAAGGUAAUGUGUAUAAAAUGGAUUCCAGUAGAAAACCAGAAAAGUCAAAUCCACGGAAGGGAGCAAAUCCCUUAUCACAGCUAUUUUUUCUAUGGGUUAUACCGCUGUUUUGGAAAGGUACACGAAAGGGCUUAAACACUGACGAUCUCACACAAUGUCUGGAGAAAGACGAAUCCGAAUCGCUCGGCGACGAGUUGGAAAGAGAAUGGGAGAGGGAAGUGGAGCGUGCUUCGAGACGUAAGCGUAAGCCACGUUUGCGAAAUGCAAUGUAUCGAAUGUUUGUGCCACAUUUUAUUGUUGAUGGGAUUGAAUGCCUUGCAUUUAUAUUGAUCAGAUGCAUUCUUCCGUUGGUGCUUGCUCAAUUGCUUAUACAAUUCCAGAAGCCAAUCGUUUCGGAGAAUGCGGUUCAAAACAUUUCAAAUGAUUCAAUCAAUGAUCACUCUCCGAAUCAGUUCAAUACUUCAGUGAUCGAGCGAAAUAUUCGUAGUGCAAACAAUUAUUUGCAUUUGAUUCAAACACGUUCUAUUCAAUCGUUCUAUUCAAAACGAAUCUGCUAGAUGAUGUGACCAAAGA